CUGUGUCCAUUUUGACUUUUUUUUUUCUAAUCACUCUAGUCUGGACCCCUCUUUAACCCUUUCUACUGAUUUCCCCGCUUACCGCAAUCUCUCACCCAAUCCUUUCGACAUGUCUUGGCCCAAAGUUCGUCAACGAUGGCGAAUACCUAUUCUACUUGCUGUAGUCGUUCUGGUUGUUCUACAAUACCUCGCGCUCUCCAUUCACGAGUCCUCGAACUCCGGUUCCCAACUCAACCACGAUCUUGGUGAUGCCUAUGAUCAGGAUGCACGCGUGUCGAGCAAACCAAGUGAGAAAGUCGAGGAAGAAGAAAUUGAAAGAAAGCCACAUACAGUCCUUCAGGGUGUUAAAGGAUUCAAUGCUCGUUUGCCCAAAAUACAACGACCCCAGGUGGACGAGUCGCCGGAAGCCAAGGUCGUAAGAGAGUAUCGUCAGCAGGCUGUGAAAAAUGCUUUCAAUCAUACAUGGACUGGCUACCGAAAAUACGCUUUCAAACACGAUGAAGUUAAACCGAAUACAAAUGGAACCGUCGAUGGAUUUGGCGGAUGGGGGGCCACCUUGGUAGAUUCGUUAUCCACCAUGCUUGUCAUGGGAUUUCAAGACGAGUUCAAUGAGGCCGUCCAGGCCAUAGAAGGCAUCAAUUACAACCGCACAGCGAAUUCCGUUCCCAUCAGUGUGUUUGAAACAAUCAUUCGUCAUCUUGGUGGUCUUUUGAGUGCCUACGAACUUUCUGGGCAUGAGAUUUUAUUAACCAAAGCUGAAGAAUUGGGUCAAGUGCUCAUGCCUGCCUUUGAUACACCUUAUGAUUUACCCCAUCAUUGGUGGUAUCUCGAAAGAGACAACUUUAGCUUGAUCGCUGAAGUAGGCACUGUUCAGUUGGAAUUUAUGACCCUGUCUCAUUAUACCGGGGAUCCACAGUAUGCCAGAAAGGCUCAGCGAAUUACCGACUAUGUUGAAAGCAUGGGCAUCGAACAGAAUAUGCAUAUUCCUGGACUUUACCCAACCACGAUGGACGUUGGUCGAGGAGAAUUUACAAAUUCCAUUUCGUCGUUUGGUGGAGCGGGUGAUAGUGCAUUUGAGUAUUUUUUGAAGCAAUAUCUGCUGGUGGAUGGGACGGUUCCACAGUACAAACGAAUGUACAUAGAGUCGAUGGAAGGCAUGCGUCGAUACUUGUUGCGACAGCUACCACAGUCUGAUCUCCUAUACCUUACUCCAUAUAACACCGUGUCUCGUACGCCAGAGUUCGUGAUGGAUCACUUGUCUUGUUUCGUGCCUGGUAUGCUUGCUAUUGGCGCCAAACUGUUUGACCGAGAAGAAGAUUUGCUGAUUGCCAAGGGAUUACUGGAGACGUGCGUGUUCAUGUACCAAAGUUCUGCCACUGGCUUGUGCCCAGAACGCUGGACUUAUUACGAACUCAAGACUGAAGUAUUUAACGGGAAAACGUAUAACAAGAGUCUAAAAGAGAUUCGUCGAGACCGAUUUGUACUUUUCCACCCACAUGCCGAUGAAGCUCAGAUCGCUGCAAACGAGGAACAAGAGGCGGCUAGAGACCAGAUACAUCACACUCCACCUCCUUCUGGACAAAAUGUCACUGAGGACAUGGCUACCGCUGUCGGCAAACGUCCUGGCAUGUCCAAUUUUAGACGUGGAGGUGAUCUUAUGUACUUGCUCCGGCCCGAAACGGUUGAAAGUCUGUAUGUCUUGUAUAGAAUUACAGGCGAUCCAAAAUAUCAGGACUACGGAUGGAAGAUAUUUGAGGCCAUUGAAAAAUAUUGCAAGACCCCCACGGCGUAUUCAUCUAUACGCAGUGUGGAUUUCGUUCCUACUGAAGAGGUCGGUGUGGAAGACAAUCAGAACGAUUCCAUGGAGAGUUUCUUCAUGGCGGAGACUCUCAAAUAUCUCUACCUUCUCUUUUCAGAAGACGAUGUUAUUUCAUUAGACAAAUUUGUGUUCAAUACUGAAGCGCACCCUCUGAUGCGACGGCCGUGGACAAGUGACUCGGCGGCGUCCAUCGAUUACGUGGCUCCUGUUCAACAGACCGUUUUCAGUGCCUCUCCUUCAGAUGAUUCAGAUGACAUUGCCGAUGUAAAAUAAACCGUUUUUUUUUUUGUUUGCCCUAUAGGAAUGCCACCCGGU